UCUCCAUUUUAGAGCGUAUUUACGCAGUACAAAACUGAGACUUUGACAGCCCGAAUCGGUGGCAGAUGAUUAUCGGGAUGGGUCAUGUCUAAUGAUAAUUCCAGGCAGCUCGGUUCAAGGUACACCAUAGCAUUCAUCCACAGAAGCUGGAAAUGGAAAACGAGACGAGCACUACAACCUCAGCCACCACCACAACCUCCAGCACACCCUCCCAGACCCAGGCCCCACAGCUGUCUCUCUACAGCAGCACCACCGAGAGGCAGGCUGUCCAGGUGAUCCAGCAGGCCAUCCACCAGCCCCCCAGCAUGGCAGCUCAGUACCUGCAGCAAAUGUACGCCGCGCAGCAGCAACACCUGAUGCUCCGGACAGCUGCACUGCAGCAGCAGCACCUCAGCAGCAGCCAGUUUCAGAGCCUAGCAGCUGUACAGCAGGCGACGCUGUCAGGAGGAAGGCAGUCCUCUUCCCCCACUGCGAGUGUCACACAGCAAUCAAGUGUCUCACAGCCUUCGAUCAAUCUCUCCACGUCUCCAGUGGCGCAGCUGAUCAGCCGGAGUCAGACCUCCAGCGUGGCGGGCAGCGGCGGGGGGGGAGCCCUCGGACAGCAGUCCAUGCUCCUGGGGAACAGCUCCCCCACCCUGACCACCAGCCAGGCUCAAAUGUACCUGCGCGCUCAGAUGCUCAUUCUCACUCCCUCUGCCACUGUAGCUGCUGUCCAGCCAGAUAUUCCUGUACUUUCUUCUACAUCCAGCUCCCAGACUACAGCUACCCAGAUUCAGAACUUGACCCUGCGUCCACACCAACCCAGCACCAUCACUUCCCCCCAAAGCGUGCCCCUUAAAGCCACCACCCAGGGGCAGCCUCUGGCAGUGGCCCACCCCAAGAUGUCCUUGUGCCCCCUAAAGCCCAACCAGCAGCCGGAGCCCCUCAUGGAAGGCAACAAGAAGGGGGAGAACCCCACCACCGAACCCAAGCCCACCACCCUCACCCGCCCGCCCGGAGCCCACCAGCUCAUAGCACCAGCCCCAUAUCCUCUUAUCAAACAUCAGCCCCUCCCUGUUCACGCUGCUCAACCACAGAAAGGGCCAACCCACCAGCUGAUCAUCCAACAGCAGCCACCACCCUCCCACCAAGUUCAACCAAUUGCACUCCAGGUCUUUCGUCAAGAGGCUCCGUCUCCCUCCUUGGCAAUCCAGACCCAGGUUCCUCCCCCCACUACAAUCUCUGUCCAGUCACAGCACUGCACUUCCAUCACAGCCACUGCCCUGCCCCUGACCUCAUCCCCUGGCCAAUCACAGCCAGUGCAGCAGCAAACAGUCGUGGUUUCACCUCCGCCUACUCAGUCCCCCACCAGUCAAUCGCCUACCAUAGUGAUCCAGCCCCAAGCACUUAUCCAAUCACAGCCUCACGCUCUGGUCUCUGCUCCUGUGCAGUUAGGCCCCGCCCACUCCCCCAUUCUAAGCACAGCCCAGGUAAUACAGCCCCACCUUCCUUCUGUGACUUCCCCGAUAGCUCACAUUGUCCCCCUUCCUUACACCACUCUUAUUUCACCAUCCAUCAACUUCCCUCCCCAGCCACCACAUCAGCAGCAGCCUCCUCCCCCUCAGGCCUCCCUGGGCCCCAUGUCCUCACCGCCUCCUCCUCUACCCCAGCUGUCCCACACUCCCCCUGCCCAGCUCCAGCCACUCCCCUUGCAAUCGGUUCAGGCCUUGGCAGUGCAGUCGGAGAUCCUGAACCCUGGGCAGAUGCUUGUGUCAGAGGAAGAGCUGCCGGCAGCCGAGGCCUUGGUCCAAAUGCCCUACCAGGGGCUGCCCCCUCCCCAGACUGUAGCCGUGAACCUGCAAGUGCAGCAUCCCACCCCCAUGGAGGCUCCAGGGGUCUACCGGGUGGAGGGGAUGUGUGAAGAGAUGAGAGAAGACGGGGAGGAGUGUCUACCUGGGAACAGAACUCCAACACCUCCUGCUCUGUCACCCCCUGCUGGUCAUGUCGGGGACUGCGAGGAGAGCUCCACUCAAGAUGUCUCAACAGGUCUGCCUGGACCUCCGUGUGUGAACACCUCAAGCAACACCUCUGUGAUCAGAUCCUCCUCGGACCCCUCCUACAUCAACAGCUCCCCCCCUCCUCCUCUUCCUCCUCCCCCUCCCCCUCCUCCUCCUCCUCCUCCUCCUCCUCUCCCCCCUACUCUCCUGCCUGCUGUGGUCACAAGCCCCAGCAAACCUGUCCCAGAGAACAAGCUUCCACAGGCGAUUGUCAAACCACACAUCCUCACCCACCUCAUCGAGGGCUUUGUCAUCCAGGAGGGGCUCGAGCCAUUCCCGGUAAGUCGUUCUUCCCUCUUGACUGAGAAGAAAGGGAAGGAGUGUGAGCAGCAGGUGAUGGAACCCAACAGUGAGGAGCCACAGUCCAUGAUGGAGACCGAAGAGCCAGAACACUCCACAGACAGUGACAUGGAUGACAUCAUCGCUGAGGGGGUAAUGGAGGAAACUGUGACAGAGCUGCUGAAAUGCGAGUUCUGUAGGAAGAUGGGAUAUGCACACAAAUUCCUGAGGUCAAAACGAUUCUGCUCCAAGUCAUGUGCCAAAAGGUUCAAUGUUAGUUGCACUAAAAGAGUCAGCCUAUUGAAAGCAGACAAGGGGGUCCGCUGGACUCGGAAGCCAGAUGGGCGACGAGGGCGCCGACCCAGAGGGGCAGAGGGGGGGUCCAGGGAGCACUUUCUCCGACAGUUGCCAGCUACUUAUCCCGCCAUAGGUGGGAUGCAACCAGCUCGCAGCCAGUCGCCUGAAGAAGACACAGUUCCUGUUGCCAUGACAACACGGCUGCGGCGACAGAGUGAACAGGGGAGGGAGCGGGAGCUCAGAGUGAGACACCCGUCAGGCAGUAAUGAGAGCCUGCCCUCUGUACAGUCCGAUCCCACGCAGUGGACAGUCAAUGAAGUCUGGGCCUUUAUUUAUGCUUUACCAGGCUGCCAGGACAUUGCUGCUGAGUUCCGCGCCCAGGAGAUUGACGGCCAGGCGCUGCUGCUUCUCAAGGAAGAUCACUUGAUGAGUGCCAUGAAUAUCAAGCUGGGCCCAGCCCUGAAAAUCUGCGCCCGUAUCAACACUCUAAAGGAGCCCUAACAGGAAGUGGAACGGGAGCAAACAGACUUCUGUCGCUGUAGCGAAACACCACUAAUCUGAACUUGGAUCUCACCAGAGAUACUGCACAGUACCUGCCAACAGUGUGAGGUGAACAUCUGAUAUUCACUUCAGUGCCAACAGUGAGCAAGCAUGUGUUUGAACUGGGAGAAUAGAGAGCAAUAAAGAGAUUCUUUAUUUAGCAUGAUGUGCCACAAAGCAGGAAACAAAAAAAAUAUAUAGUAGCCCCUCCUCGCCCCAGAAUGUGACAUCAGAAUUAUACUCUAAUGAAACUUCCCAUAUGAAGGAAUUGGAAGAGCAUUUGGCUUGUCCAUGCAAUGUCUGCAAGCUUUUUCCUGUUGCUGGUGUGCUGCUAGCAUUUUAAGUGGCAGGUACAUAACAUUUAUAUUUCAGUAGACCAUGACUGAAUGUAUUAUAUUAAUAUAUCUGAAUUUUUAUGAAGGAUUUUUGUAAAGAAAGAAAAAAAGUGUUUUUAUGUGA